AAAUCAUCACACAAUCUAAAUUUGGCGCCAAGGGUAACUCACGGUUGUUUUCAUCUUCAUAGGCACAGAAGAUUCCAAGAGAGCUUUGGAGUUUGAGGUGAUAGAAAAAAGGAAAGGGUAAAAAAGAAGAAAGCUUUGCAAAUUUUUGUGUCUCCAUGUCGAUCUCAAUUCUCCACCAUUGAAUCCUCUCACCACCAAAAAUUAGUCCUCUGGAAAUAACUGCCUGAGAGCUGUGUGCACCGAAACUCUGGCAGCACCGGGAACCUGAAAGCACGAUGACGGAGAAGAAAGAGGAGGAAGAGACACCAUUAGAGAAUGUCGAGGAUGAUCGUGUCGAAGAAACCGAGGAUGAAAGCACCCAUGAAGAAGUAAGCAAAAAUAGCCCUAGUGAAGAUCAAGAAAGUGAUGUAGAACAGGAGGGUGGAAAUGUAAAUUCACCGUCUGUCGAAUUCAAGAACAAGAAGAAGAAAAAGCAGAGAGCCUUGAUGGAAUUGAGGUGCAGGGUUGAGGAUGCAAUUGUUGGGAAUUAUCUGUUGGGAAAACCCAACAAGAAGCUUGGACCGGACGAGAGUUUCCGGCGGGAGAUGGAGCCGUGGGAGAUCACUCUUUGGGGGGUGCCUUUACUCCCAAGCAAAGGCCACCAAGGCACCGACAUUGUGCUGCUCAAGUUCUUGAGAGCAAAAGACUACAAGGUCCUGGAAGCGUUCGAGAUGCUGCGAAGGAUGCUGAAAUGGCGAAAAGAAUACAAAACGGAUGAGAUUCUGGAGGAGGAGUUGGGGUGUGAUCUUAAGAAUGUGGUGUUUUUGAAUAGUGUGGACAAGGAAGGGCACCCUUUGUGUUAUACAUUUUAUGGGCCUUUUAGAGAUAGGGAAUUGUACAAUAGGACUUUUGGUUCUGAGGAGAAACGGCAAGAGUUUUUGAGGUGGAGGGUUCAGUUUAUGGAAAGGGGAAUUCAAAAACUUAGCUUCAAGGACGGAGGAGUGGAUUCUAUGGUUCACGUUACCGAUUUGAAGCACUCGCCGGGGCCGGACAUGAAGGAGCUUCGUUCUCUUAGCAACAAAACCCUAGUUUUGCUCCAAGAAAACUAUCCAGAGCUCAUCCAAAAGAAUAUUGUGAUAAAUGCUCCAAUUUGGUAUUAUGUGGUGCAUGUGCUCAGAUCAAGGCUCCUAAGUCAAAGAACCAAAAAGAAGUUCGUGUUUGCCAGGCCUUCAAAUGUUACAAAAACCCUUCUCAAGUUUGUAGAACCAGAAGAACUCCCAUCUCAGUAUGGUGGCCUCAAAAGAGAGAAAGAUGGUGAUUUCACACCAGAGGACAAAGCAUCAAGGCUCAAAGUCAAACCGAGCACAAAUGCCUGCAUCGAAAUCCCAGUUGCUGAGGGUGGAUUGACAAUGGUGUGGGAUCUAACAGUGGUGGGAUGGGAUGUGUACUACAAGGAGGAGUUUGUACCUGAUGAUGAAGGCUCAUACAAGAUUCUGCUCCAAGAAAGGAAGAGAUUGGGACAAAGUGUUAGAAACUCCUUCUAUAUUAGUGAACCUGGCAAGAUGGUGAUAACAAUUGAGAACUGGACAUUCAAGAACAAGAGAGUUCUAUAUAGGUCCAAAGCCAAACCCACUCUCCCCAUGUACAUCUACCUUAACAAAUAGCUUUCUAUUUAGAUAGUUCUGCUUACCAUGUGUUUGGAUGAUGGGAAAAUAUUUAGAAUUCAAGGAAAAAUCGGGAGUUGGACCGUAGAAAAGGCUAACUCCCUCGUUUGCCAAGAUGAGCGAAGAAAUUGAGAAAUUUCAUGCGAGAAAUAUUUUGGAAAAUUCUGUGGUUUAUUUUCCCUUGGUUUUCUUUCUCUUUGUUUGGCUUUCAUUUACAUCGGUCUUCUCUAUUUGUUGUCGUUGCCUCUUUAUCUAUUGUUUUCUUUUCA